AUGCCUCCAGUCGUAUUCAUAUCAACUCCAGAAGAGCUCUCUCUCAUACUAGCAACGUUCGACGACCUGCCAGUAUCCCCACCAAGUCUGUACAUCGAUCUGGAAGGCGCGAAGCUCAGCAGGAAUGGUUCGAUCGCUCUACUAACCUUGUAUGUACUACCCAAGGAGACUGUGUAUCUCAUCGACAUCCAUACCCUGGGCGCUCGCGCAUUCUCAACGCCUGCCACUGCAGCAACAUCAAGCGUGACUGCGGCGCUUAAUACUGUGCCGAGCACAACAAACCUCAGUGAAGACACCGGAAAGUCUACCAUAACUCUGAAGUCUAUCUUGGAAUCGACAGCAAUCCCCAAAGUCUUCUUCGAUGUACGCAACGACUCCGACGCCCUCUUCUCCCACUACGCCAUCUCCCUCUCCUGCAUCCACGACAUCCAACUCAUGGAGCUAGCAACUACUACCCGCGGCUCCCGUGAACACCUCCUGGGCUUGGGCAAAGCCAUCGACUACAAUGCCUCACGCCUGAAUAUAACGCCGAUGCAGAGGCAAAGGCUGGUGUCAGGCUCUUCGCUCCCGAGCGAGGUGGCAGAUAUGCGGUCUUUGAAGAGAGACCGUUGA